AGUCACCUAAAGUGAUUCAAGGAAAUUCUACUGCAUUUAAUAAUCAUUUUGUUUUCUUCUGAAGGACAUUCAAUGUUGUUUACACUGCAUUUUCAGAUAUUGUCUGCUUUAUUUUUAUUUAAGCCAUGAAGACAGAAAAUCAAACUUUUGGAGCAGAAUUUAUACUUUUUGGCUUUUUCCAAUAUGGCCAAAUGAACACCAUCCUCUUUGUUACCAUUGCUGGCCUCUUCUCAGUGACUUUGAUGGGGAAUAUCAUACUGAUCCACCUCAUCCGACUGGACACUCCGCUCCACACUCCCAUGUACUUCCUCCUCAGUCAGCUCUCCUUCAUUGACUUGAUGUACAUCUCCACCACGGUACCCAAGAUGGCAGCAAACUUUCUGUCAAAUAGUAAGACUAUUACUUUUUUAGGCUGUAAGAUUCAAACCUUUGUGGUUUUGACCCUUGGUGGAACUGAAGCUCUUCUUCUUGGUUUCAUGUCUUAUGAUAGAUACAUAGCGAUCUGUUACCCUUUACAUUAUCCUGUGCUCAUAAGCAAGACGAUCUGUUUGUCCAUGGUCACAUGUGCAUGGGCCAGUAGUUCUAUCAAUGCUUUAAUACAUACAUUGCAUGUAUUUCAACUUCCAUUCUGUACAUCUCGGAUCAUUAACCACUUUUUCUGUGAAGUUCCAUCUCUAAUGCCUUUGGUGUGUCAGGACACCUCCCAGUAUGAGUAUACUGUCCUCUUUAGUGUCCUUAAGGUUCUGCUACUACCAUUCAUGGCCAUUCUGGCUUCCUAUGCCCGGGUGCUUAUUGUGGUUUACCAGAUGAGCUCAGGUAAAGGGCAGACAAAAGCCAUCUCCACGUGUUCCUCUCAUCUGAUUGUGGCAAGCCUAUUCUAUGGGACUACUCUCUCCACCUAUACAAGACCACACACCUUGCACUAUCCUGAGGAAGAUAAAGUGGUGGCAGUAUUUUACAGUAUCAUUACACCUCUUCUGAACCCAUUUAUCUACAGUCUGAGGAAUAAGGAGGUCAUGGGGGCUAUGAAAAGAGUUUUGGGAAAAUAGAUAUUUGUACAGAAAAUAUGACUUUAGGAGCCCUUUAUAGUUUGAAACUGAACAACCUGAUUUGAUUAGCCUACUGUCUAGAGAGAUGUAAGCUCAAAGAAAUGUUUACAAAAUAAAUAAUUAGACAAAUGCCUUCAUUUCUCCUCUUUUCAGAAAUAACUAAAUCACUACUAUUGGAACUGGAUUGAUUUACAAUGUAUAAGCAAGAGAAUGGUUGCCAUUAUC